UUUGUCUAGAUUUACCUAAAAUUUUUAACAUUAUUGUUAUGAAGAAAAUCUUUUCGUUUAAAACGUAAUCCGCUUAAAUUUUUUAAAUGAAAAUACUCGAGUUAAGAGAUUCGAGGCCGAUGGACUCGAGCUCCGAGUCUGGCAGCGAAGACGAGCUGGGUCCGAUCAACGAACUGAACGUAAAAGACGUCGACUACGCUGAAUUCUACGUCAAUUACCUAUUGAACAACAGACCCUGCCUCAUAAAAUCCGUCUCGAAAGAUUGGCCGGCCCAGAAAAAGUGGGUAAAACACGGAAAACCGGAUUUCGAAUACAUAGAACAAAACUACGGCACGUCUGAAGUUCCCAUUGUCGACUGCAACCGGCGCUACUUCAACGUCCAUGCUAGGACUUCAAUGAAGUUAUCAGAGUAUUUGGAAUACUGGGUGAAGUACAUUGAAGAAGAUUACCCUGACGAAUUACCGUGCUUGUAUAUGAAGGACUGGCAUUUUCCACAUGAGUUUCCUCUUGACGUUGUGUAUAGAGUUCCGUACAUAUUCGCUUCUGAUUGGAUAAAUGAAUAUUUAAUUAAUUGCAAAAAAGACGAUGAUUACCGUUUUGUGUAUUUUGGUCCCAAAGGAAGUUGGACACCUAUCCACAUGGACGUGUUUUCAUCCUUUAGCUGGUCUGUAAAUCUUUGCGGUAAAAAGAAAUGGGUGUUUUUUCCACCCGACCAGGACAUGUUCCUUAGAGAUAAAUUUGGGAAACUUCCAUACAACAUCCUUGAAGACUUUAAAGAUACUAUGAAAUACCCCCAUAGUUCAAAUCUGAUACCUAUAGUUUUUAUACAAGAGGUUGGUGAUGCAAUAUUUGUACCUUCUGGGUGGUACCAUCAAGUCUGGAACUUGGAUGAUACCAUUUCAAUAAAUCAUAAUUGGGUAAAUGCGUGUAACAUUUAUGGAAUGUGGACUUCCCUCAAUGAAAUGUUCUCAAAGGCACAGGCAGAGAUAGCAGAUUGCAGGAACAUGGGAGACUGGGAUGCAAGAGCACAACUGAUGCUCAAAUUGUGUUUCGGCAUGGACCACUGUGACUUUGCUGACUUUUUGUUUUACAUAACUGAAGUCCGACUGCAGCACGUUUCAAAAGGGAGUUUCCUAUCUGUACCGGGCGACUGGCUCAUGGGUGGAAAUCAAAUGAUAUUCGAUCUGUCUAGAAUUCGGCAAGUGUUUGAUGAGAUGUGUGUUAUUGACAUCCCUUGCCUGGAGCAACACCGGCCGAGACUUCUUGAAUUUAUUAAUGAAAUUGAAUCAGUGUGCGAUUCUAUAAACUGAAUAGCCCCAAUAUAUUCAAUUUUAACCUUAACAUAUUAGAGAAGUGUUAUUUUUAAAUUGUUAUUUAAUGUGCUCCCACCAACAUUAAAAUGUCACUGAACCCAAAAUGCAUAGACAAUAAAAAGUGAAGAAAGAAGGUUGUACAGUUCACAAAAAAUCCUCUCACAUGGAAUUAUUAUUUAUUUAUCUAAUUCUUUCCAAUAUGUAUGUACAUGAAUGAUUUUAGGUAUUUCUUCCCUUAAUUGAGAUAGAUUCUCCUAUCUGUAACAAUACAACUAACAUGUGUGAUGAAUACUUGAGCCAGCUAUGUGUUGGUGUUGUGAUAUGUACAGUAUGAACAUUAGUGUAAAGAAAUUAUAAUCAGAGUAAAAUUAGAAUUGAACAACUUUAAUUUAACAUAAUUACAAACUUAAACAAUUUGCUUUGUAAUAAAAAAAUCUUCAUAAAAAAAUAAUAAUUUGCGUUUUGGUUGGAAUAAUGCCACUUAAGAAAGGUUGUUCGACCAUUCAAAUAAUAUAUUUAGUAGUAAUCAGCUUAUUUAUGAGCUGAAAAACACGUGUCAUUGCCAACCCUCUUUGUGAAAGAAUUCUCUAUUAUUUUAUUUCUUUCAUCUUGUAAGGGCAUUACACAAUAUCUCUAGUCACAAUUUAUACAUAUCUUUUCCUAUAUAAACUUUGUACUCAUUAAAAUGUUGGAUGUAACUACAAUAAAUAAUAUUUUCUUUGUACUUAGGACUUUAGAAUAAACGUGUUGCAAUUGUGAUAUAAUUUUAGCUUAAAUAACAAUAGUUAAUUAAUAAUAUAUUUUUGUA